CGCGUCCCAUGACCCAUGCGCCUUUUCCCUUUCCCUCACACUCGCAAUCACCCACCACCACACUGCCCGCCAACAUGCGCCUUUCUGAUCCGUAGAGCACCGCCAUGAGCAGCGCGCUUCCUCUGGCUCCCCCAGGCACACGCACCCAGUAAAUGGGCCCCUGUAGCCCCGCGAUACCACCGCCCGUCAUCGCCUCCUCCUCCUCCGUCCGCCGCAGAGCCUCUCUAUCGCCCAUGAGCGCAUCCGCUGCGUCCCCUCAGAGUGCAGACAGCCGGUGAGACACAUGUCUCCGCCGCCCGCAGAUGUCCCGCGCACGCCCGACCGCCGCUCCUCCUCCUCGACCCUCUUUGGCGCCUUCCGCUCGCUCACGGGCGGCCGUCUCAAGAGCCCGACACCGCCCCCGUCUACGUCGUCGGCCACCUACACUCCCGCGCGUACUGCCUCGCUCGGGGAGUCGGUGGGCACCCCAUCGACGCCGUCUGCCGAUGGCUCUCUCAAGCGCAUAAACGAGCAUGCGAGGCCGGCGCUUGGGGGACCGCCGGAGCUGGACGAGCUCGCCGAGAAGCUUGGCAAGGGCCAUUCGUUUGCGGAGAGAGCAGCAGCCGUCGAGAAGAUCUGUAAAAUCCUGAACGAGUUCCCUGUGCAGCAUGUGCUGGAGCUGUGGUCCCAGGCGAGCGACCUGCUCCUUCCUGAGCAGCCGAACGAGGUUGCCGAAGUGGGCUACAAGCUCCUCAGAAGCUGCGUGGCCUUGCCCAAGCUGGCCGCCCUCGAACGCAGUGUCUUCUUCGACGCCGCAUGCCUACGCAAGCAUGACCGCAGCUUCGACAAGCGUCUUCAAAUCAUUUCCGCUCUCACCAAAGACGGGCGUGACAUCGAGGCGUGCGAAUCGUCUCUCGCUCACUUCGUCCUGACUUCGUUUGACACAUGCUUUGAGGAGAGUAGCCAUGCUGUCAAGGCAGCUCGCAAAGCCAGCGGCAAAAGGAGCGCAGAUAAACCCGUCAAGGAGCGCGAGAAUAUGGCGCAGCUCUUCCAGUUCACCAUCGACAUAUGCAAGUUCAACUCCAAGGUCUUCACUGAGGACGAUCUCGAGCUUCUGCUCAGAAAGACCAUGACUAUCUGCCAGGAAACAACCCAGCGACGCGACAUUGAAAACUCCGUCAAGCUGUUUGACACCGUCAUCACCUAUGUGCAUAUUCCCAACAAGGCCCUGCGCCCCUGUCUUGAAGUUCUCUGUGCUAUCCACCGUCAGCUGGUCGAUCUGCAAGAGGCAACUUGGAACACAUUGAGCAAUCUUUUCAAAUCGCAUGUUGGCCAGUCUGCCGUCUCUGCGCUAUUGCGCACCUUGUUCGAGGGUCCAGUGAGGAAGAACCGUCAGUCUAGUACCUACAGAGGAACGAUGCAGGUGCUGCAGCAGCUGUUGUUGGAAGACGGUCGUAAUGGGCUCCCCAAAGUUCCAAUCUCCUUGCUUAUUCCUGCCCUCAAAGCCUCCGUCAAGGAACCGCAUAAGACGCAGGAGGAGGUUGUCAUCGACCUGAUAGACGCCGCCCUGGCUGAUAAGAGCAUGAGAGAGUUGUUGCUCACAGAAGCUGAUUGGAGUGAGCUUACAGAAAUCAUCUUCAUGUGCGCGGAACGAGAUGAUGACCGUGCAAGGGCUCAAGCUGAGAAGCUAGAGGAGAAAGCCGCUUCGGCAAAUGGCACGAGCUCUCACACUACCGGCUUGGAUGCCCUGAAUGGAUCGAUUACAUCUACAACUGGAGAUCCUGAUGCUGAUACAAUCUCGAACUUUGAUUUGACUGCCCCUGCAUCACGGACUGAGCCCUGCCGGCGGAACUCCGAUGACAAAAUCUUUCGUGUCCUGAUCAAGCUCGAUAAUAUUAGCAGCGAUCUAGACUACGUCCAGAAAGGCGCAGUAAUGGAGCUCUUGAUGCGCCUCGCGCACCGUUUGAGCGACUCCACUGCCGAGAACGUGAUCAAAUACUACGCAGAAGAACGUUACCUGCACCCUUCUAAUGGAGACUGGCUAGAAGCCUGUCGCAGUCUGGUGUCUGGCAUCUUCAAAGAUACUACCAGGCCGCGCUCACUUCGGAUUAUGAGCGUAAACACCUUGCGCGAGACCUACACCACCAUCGAACAACUGUGUCCUAGCGACUCAGUUUUACAGUGCGGGGCACUUCUCCUUAACAACAUUGAGGCCGAAGACGAUGUUGAAGUUCUACGCGAACUGGUCGACUUUGCUGUAGACGUCGCUCAUCGGGCGUCGGAUGACAGCUUUCCGGAUAUCAUGGAAAUCCUGAAGAGUCGGCUAGAACGGUGCGCAGAGCAGCGAUCCUUGGUGGAUUCGUCCUCUCCUUCCUGGACGUCGGCGCUCCAGUUGAAGACCGACCGGAUGCUGGGAUCACCAUGCAACGUCAUCUCUACCGCCUUUGUGCGGCUUUUCAUUCGCAGCGUCACAGAGUCUGCCCGGAAGACACGUAUGCUUUAUGAAAUCCUACGCCACAUUGCGGGAAGCGAAAAGUACGAGAGCGAUGCUCGAUUAGCCGUCCUCAGAUUGCUGUUCCGGCUGCGCGCAGACUCCAACCACGCCCUCAUCGUUAGCGCAUCUUCAGAAGGCGAGAGUAUAGCCGCAGUCUUAUGUCGAACAGAGGAGACCGCAGCCGCUUCUGAGAGAGAAGGCGGGCCCUUAUCCGAGCAGGGCCGACACGAAGACCAGCCCUCAUGGCGCGAGCAGCGCAAGGUUUCCGGCAGCCCGCACUCUUCCCUGAGCAGGCAAACCACUCGUUACCCUAGUGCUACCGGUCGCGUUUCGAAGCCCAUUCCGCCGUUAUGGAUGUAUCCGGGUCCCAAGGGCCUGCCAGAAGAGCCUUCCCCUAAAGCCAGCCGGGUCGCCUUCGCACACAUCGAUGCAGAAUACUACCCGCUUAGCGAAGAUGUUCUUGACUUGGAAGUGACGUUGUGGCUUGAGCUCGUCAUCUCUCUGCUGCAAAAAUGUCCCGACUGGGAAAUAUACAGCUACGUCGUCGUCCACUUGGGCCCUCAGCUCUCCAAUCAGGCGUUAGUGCGCAGCUGCGUCCCUCAGUUGAAGAUGCUACGGGGCGUUGUCGGUGAACAGCUCCGGGGGGCAACGUUCCGUGACCCCCCUCCCCCAACCCUCCUCAAGAAAGCCGACGUUGCGGUCUGCCUAUUCCACAUCCUUACGGUUCUCAUCAGCUACCACGAUCACUUCGAGAAGAGUGAGGAGGAUGACCUGGUCAAGACCUUCGUACAUGGAAUGACAUUCUGGGACAGGACGGCUAAGUGGUGCAUUCAUGCGCUGUCCGUCUGCUGUCAUGAAAUCCCGCUUUCGGUCAGCAAAUCUCUCGAUACAAUCCUCCAGAAGAUGUCCACGAUCGUCACCAAACCGGCAACGGCCAUUCACAUUUUGGACUUCCUUACCUCCUUGGCGCGGAUGCCUGAACUAUACAAAAACUUCCGCCAAGAGGACUUCAGAAUGGUGUUUGGGGUCAGCAACCGCUAUUUACAGCACAUCCGGGAUCAGCGCCAGCGAGCGGCAGCACAGAGUGGUCAUCGGUCGCUUCGACAUAGCGGUGCGUCACGAGAUUUUGCAGCCUCUCCGGACUCUAGUUUGAAGAAGCCGAAGCCUGUCGAAGACGAAAUGCCACAAUAUUUGUACUCUCUUGCGUACCACGUCAUUACGUUCUGGUUUAUGGCUCUUAAGAUGGAAGAUCGGCCCAAGAUGAUGCCUUUCAUUACGCAGUUCCUUCCACUCACAGACAGUACGGGGAAGAGCGAAAUAGAAGAGCAAGGCCAAGUCAUCUUGGACAUGAUGAACAUGGUGGGAUAUUCAGACCGCGACGAGACAAGGCGCGAUACGAAUUUCUCCAAGCCCGGCGACGGAGAGAUUUGGAAGAAGACGUGGAUUGUUGGACACAGCUUGGUUACUAUUGAGACUGCAGCCAGAACCGGUGUCUCGCAAAUCACUAACAGAAGACCCUGCGGCACUCGAUACCUUGCUAUACGUCCGCUCCUAGCACCGCCGCCGCGUCACCAGGUCCCUCUAACAGUUGGAUUGGCCUCGGAGGCAUUCUAUUCCUCGUCCUAUGUCGGCAUCUUGCCCGACGAUAUCUUUCAAACCUUCUAUAUGUCGCUCAAUCUGGGCCCUGAUCCUCCCAUACCGUUGCCGGACGAUGACAUCACGCGUCGCGCCAUUGCCACAUUCGAUCGCAUCUCGACGGUAGACAGCUACAAAGUGGGCGUCAUCUACAUCGGCGAGGGGCAGAGAGACGAAAGAGAGAUCCUCAUGAACGACAUCGGCUCGCCACCUUAUACAUCCUUCGUCAGCGAUCUUGGCACAUUGUGCCGGCUCAAGAACGCCAAAUUCAAUACUGGUGGCCUCGAUACCCGCGACGACAUGGACGGAGAGUUCACAUAUGCCUGGCGCGAUCGCUGCAUCGAGCUCGUCUUCCAUGUCACGACCAUGAUGCCUACGAACCGUGACGACGAAAUGACGUAUCCAAACAAGAAGCGCCAUAUCGGCAACGACUUUGUAAACAUAAUAUUCAACGAUUCUGGACUCCCUUACAGCUUCGACACUUUCCCUUCUGCGUUCAAUUACGUACACAUUGUCAUCUCACCGGAGUCUCGGGCGGCGUUUGUCGAUCCGCGUUUGGAUACCGAUCCGGAUGGCAAGAAUCGGUACUAUAAGGUCCAGGUCAUUUCUAAGCCUGGUUUUCCGGAUAUUUCGCCCGCAGCGGAGCCCAAGAUUCUCGCUGGUAAACAUCUCGCUGCGUAUUGCCGCCUCAUCGCUAUCAACGCUAGCGUGUUCUCGCAGGUGUGGUUCAUUAAGGACGGCGGCGAGACGGUCUCUUCCUGGCGCAGCCGUCUCCGCGAGAUCAACCGUCUACGCGAACGAUAUAGCGUCAAAGAUAAAGACAAGGACAGAGAGCCCCCCACCGCAUCGCCAUCAUCUCCAGGCAACCAGGCACAUCUCUCGAGCCCACCGUCUAGGGACAACAACUUAGCGGCUCAGUUCAAGAGGACGAGUGUUGCGACGUAUAUCAGCGAGGGCACGAAUCGGAGCAGCAUGACAGGCAGCAGUUCUCACGACGUGGCGCUUUAGGCGGGCUUCUCCUCACCAUGUGUUCCCUUCGGCCGGUGUUCUUUCUGGAAAGCAUUUACACAGAUACCCCGGUUUCGUCACCUCUUUUUCACCUUCAGUUUCCACAAAAGUUGCGCGCUGCUGCGACUUGCUUCGAUAUAUAAAGGGCUUGGCCUAUUUGCGAUGCAUUGCAUGGUGUUUGGAUGAUGGAUCUGAUCGGAUUGGAUUGGAUCGGGCACGAGACGAGUGUCGAAAUUAAAAGUUUUUGCUUGCUUUCUCUUCUCUUCUUGACUCUAUUUUUAUAUAUUGGACAGUGGGGGUUUGGUGAUGAAUGAGAGGGACGACGGGGAAGGGAGGGAGAAGGGCAUAUGUACAAUGUACGCUUAAGUGCCUAUGGUGGCUUUUUCCCAACAGCGUCUCCAGUGCCUGCGUCGCCCU